AUGGUACCUGAAGAAGCCGCCGGGAUCGAGUCCGGCAGCAGCCGCCCCGGCCACCGUGCGGCGUCCUCCGUCACGCUGAAGCACGUCUACUUGAUCGCCAAGGUGAAGCAGUCGGAUCCUUACUGCCAGCACAUGUCGCUCGAGUCCAUUUGUAUGUCCGCAUCGGUACGGCCAACACCAUGGGGAUUAAGGUCGUCAAGGAAUUGA